AGAAUAACACUAUACACGCCACCAUUUUGUGAGCAUUUCUACUUGUGCAGUUCGGAGGAACGGUUGUGUGUGUUACGAAGUCUUUUUAAUAAAUUUAUCUAUCCAAAAUACGCAAAAUGUCACGUUACCGUGAAUGGGACCUUUCAUGCAAAGUAUAUGUUGGUAAUUUGGGAAGCAGUGCUAGUAAACACGAAAUUGAAAGUGCAUUCAGUAAAUAUGGUCCACUGAGAAAUGUGUGGGUUGCCAGAAAUCCACCUGGAUUUGCUUUUGUGGAAUUUGAAGAUCCACGAGAUGCUGAAGAUGCAGUUAGAGGUCUAGAUGGAACACGCUGUUGUGGAACCAGAGUAAGAGUAGAGAUGUCCUCUGGAAGAAGUCGACGGGCUGCACGGAGACCAGGUCCAAGAUACUCCAGGUCCAGAUCUCGCAGUUCUCGAAAGAAAUCAAUAGGUCAUUACCCAAGGUCAAGAUCCCGUAGCCCUCGCAGGAGAUCACUGACCCGUAGCCGCAGCCGAGAUCGUCGUUCUCGUUCGGAUUCCCGUGACAGACGUUAGGUGCUAAAAGUGUACGAGAGAAUGGACCGACUAAAUGUGCUGGAUGGAAGACAAAAAAGAAAACCAAUUUUAUAUGUACAUAAAAAAACAGAAAAACAAAAAAUAAUAAUCGUUACCAUGCGUGUAUAACUCGGAUGAAGCAAUGAUAAUGAGUAAGACAUUUCAUGAAAUGUGAAGAGAAAAAGCAAGCAAACACGUACGCAACAUUUAUCAUUUAGUUUGUUAACUUUGUACACGCAAAAGAUGGUCACUUAUGUACGUAAUGUAUGAUUAUUAUUAAAACAGCGAUAAACAUACAUUCGUGCGUGUUUAAACACACAUUCAUCCAAACACACACACACGCGCGCGCGUGCGCGCACACAUACACACACAACUACGUCCAACGUACGCGUAACUUUACCAUAUAGAUGCAAAUACACGCAUAUAAUAUUUUUUCUUCGUAACGCAAGUGAUCGAGUGCGUUGGAUCUCCUACGAAAUGUGCUCAUUACUUUAAAGUGUACGAGUGCGUAAAAUGAGAUUCGGUUACAAUUGAGAAUAGUUAACGAUGAUCAACGUAACGGUGAGUGUCUAACUUAAACGGGAGAAGAUUGAUGCAGACUCGAACCAGAGACAUUUCGAUGUGAAAAAGUUACGGAAACGAAGGCAGUCGUUUUAUGUUAUAUUGAUUAUUUUGUACUCUUACAAAUCUAAGACUAAAAUAAAAAUAAAACUAAAUAUAUUAUAUUAAUUAUUUUGGCUUUCCUAUUUGAAGAAGUAGCGAUUUCAUGUCUUAAUAAUAAAAUUCUUAAAGUAGCGACGCAUCAGUCUUUUUCAUUCAUCAUUCCCUUACUGUUGUAUAUAUUAUUCGUGCUCAUUUAGUAUUAUAAAAAUGUAGUGACUGGUAAUGCGUAAGAAAUUGUUCCACGUUUCAUCAUUUGAGAUCUCGCGCGUAAGAGUCUCUUUCGUGUUUUCAUUUUCUACUAAUUAAUACUUAUUCAUUGGUCUCGAUGUUAUUUAGUAUUGCGACGCACACGGUGUCGUUACGUUCUUUUAUUUCAGCAUAUUGGAUGCUUUACCAUAUUUUUAUUAUUACAUAAAUACCGAUAUUUAAAAAAGAAAAUUGUGAAAUUUAGCGUCAUUUCUAAGCAACACUUUCACUUGUGCUUUCGACAAUAGUAGAUCGUACAUGUAUUUUGUUACGAACUUGAGUAUACACACAAUACAAAAAUUUCAUUUGUUCAACACACAAAGACCAUGUUUUCAAUAACCAAGUUUGUCAUACCAAAUGAUUGUACUUCUAGCAUAUAAUAAAUCAUUCGAUGAAAACUUACAUAAUCAA